AUGGUGUCCGUGUUAGUGCAGCGGCAGCAACACGAGGCCGCCAGGCGCAGGGAGCGCCUUCGCGCCGCCCGCCAGGCAGCGGCGGCGCUCUCCAUCCAGCAGGCUCGCGCCUAUCAGAAACAGAAGCGGCAACAGGAGGCGUGCGUUCGCGAGGACGCUCGUCAGCUGUGGUUGCAGUCGAACGCGCGCGACUUGGCGGCCAUCGACGGGCUCGUGGCGCGCGCCGCUACGGAGCAGGGCGAAGCACAGGAGGCGGCUGGGCACUACGAGGCCAAUCUGCAGGCGGAAGCGUACGAGGAGGCGGCCGCGUGGCAGGCGGAGCGGCAGUUGGAGGAAGCACGACACCGCCUCGCGGUUGCCUACACCCGGACACAGGCGCAUGAACGGGCGAAGCCGGCACGCGAAGCCGAGCAGCGUCGUGCAGCCGUGCGUGUGACGGAGAAGGUGAGGGCGGCGCGGGUGGCGACUGCGGCGCCGGCGGCUCUUUCUCUGUCGAGCGUUCUAGCCAGCUUGCAGGGUGCGCCAGUGGCCACGCACGUACCGCGCGCCAGCGUCCCAGUUCCGCGACCAAGUCUCGAGUCCCUGCGUAACGCUGUUGGGUCGACCGCUGGAGCAGCCCGUGCCGAUGUUCCGCCUGCUGCACUGUCGCCUCUGCGCCGUUGGCGCAUGUCCCACGUCGCCCCGCAUGUGCAUGUCACCCUGCACGGCGACCCGACGCAUCGUGUUACCGCUCGUGAAGAGAAUGCGAGAAGCGCUCUGGCGGCCGCGGACGAUGCAGUCCCUGCUUCUGCAGAUGCCUAUGCGGCAGAAUGUGCAGCCGUCCAGCAGCAGAGGGAUGAGGUACUGAAAGACGGCCAGGAGCGUGCAGCGCAGAGGGCUGCGUCCCUCUUGCGCCGCCAGCGUGCGAAGGAGCUGCAGGAAGAGAGGGAGCAGCAGGCACAGCGGGAGCGGCUUGCUGCGGUCAAGGCACACUACCGUCACCCACACGAAGAAGGCACCGCAAGUGGCGGCGAUAAAGGCGCGGCGCCGGAAGGCGGCACACACCCUGCCACAACCACAGCCGGCAGCAGCAGCGGCGGCAGUAACGGCAGUCCGAAUCACCAACACCGCCGUCCUCAACGGCAGCGUACGCCUCAGCGGCUUGCCUGCCAUCAGCAAGCGUACAUAAAGGGCGAAGAAGAAUUCCGAGCGGCGUUCUUGGAGGCGCCACCCCUAGUGGUGCGCCUGGAUGAGCAGCCGCCACGUCGUGCCCCGCUAAGCGAGCUCUUGAGACCCGUGAAGGUGGCGGAACUGCUGUACAGCAUUGCAAACUCUGUCCCAGUAGAUCCCGUUCCAUUCACACCGGCGCCGCAUCAAGGAUCCGGUGCCGCAGCAGCCGUAUCACCGUCUUUUCCGAUGACAGGCGAGGUGCCACCAUCUGCGCAACCCUCCGCCAGAGCGCGCGUGCUGCCAUCAGUGCCCCUCCGCAUGCUGCCCCUCGAUGAGCGUAGCAGCGCUGCACGUGCGACAGCUGAGUCGGCACCAGAGGACAGAGCUGCUGCGGCAACACCCCUGAGCAGCGGCGAGGAGGGCUGCUCGUUGCCGCCGCCCCCACCACCUGCGCCGAGAGGCUCCAGCGGCGCGCUACGCGCAUCUGCAGAGGCGUCGACCGCACCGUCGCCGAUGCGGCUCGAUGUUCUAGUGAGCCGUACAUCGCGCUCGCGGACGCCGUCGCCAGAGAAGGCCGCGGCUGUAGAGGAGCUUGUCGCUCUCUCUCCUCUCACCCCGGCUCCCCCUGCAGCGGGCACAUGCGUGCCCGAGUCACCGUCACGGCCGCCGCCGUGCGCUGGGGGGGCUUUGAGAGAGCUUGGUCAAGCAUCUGCUAACAUGGGCGCCUCAGAUGUGACGAUGGCGUAUCCGCAGCAGCCCUUGGCAGCCCCGGGGGGGAGACGGGCCACUUCCGCCCACGCGAAUGCGUCAGCGUCGCCGUCUGCGCUAUCCUCGAUGAUGGAGCGCGCACCGACUCACCACUGCCGCCGCCGCAGCGCCACGCCGCCGUCGUCACUGUCCACCACCACCACCACCACCACCACCGAGACUGCCGAGCCGCCGAGCGGCUCCUCUUCCCCGGCCUCCGUGGGAAGCAGCAGCAGCAGCAGCAGCAGCGGUAUCGACGCCUCUUCCUCUUCGUAUAACAGCGCCAGCACCAGUGGAUCGUCACGCCACCCGAUGCCGGUGAUGACGGCGGAACAGCUGAAGCUGGCACUCCUGCGUCUGCGCAGCCGCAUCAGGUCAGCACAGAUGUAG